UUUCUAUUCCGAAGCUUUUGCUCUAGUUCUGGAGGUGGAUAUUCUUAUCUUAAUACUACUACAGGCAUCAUCCCACAUAGUUUUCUUAAUGGCGAGACACCAACAACGAUAUAUGAUAUCUAUAAUUUGAAGCAGAUGAUCGAUGGCCAUCUAUGUGGAUUUCGUGUUCGAUCCGCCUUUAGUUCGUGGGCAGCAGAUCUCCACAUCGCGAUUCGAUUUUUAAGGGACCAGUCGGGAUAUAUAGCGAUUAUUGAUACCAAGAUUCUUAUGGAUUAUGUGAAGAUAUAUCACGUUAAGGCUCUGUUUGACGCUGGCUUGGCUUCUGGGCUUUAUGACCACGAAUAUCUAGUGUACGGCCCGAUUACUGGUCCUGCAUAUCAUUGCGUUAAAUAUCUAGAUAUCACACGCGUAGGUCUAUACCUCACAUCUAUGGGAGCAUGCUUAAGAAGUAUCCCAAAUGCAUUCACUCCAGUAUCAACCCUUUCUGAAGGCGAUAUGUCAAGGCUUAUGAUUCAGGUCAGGGAAGUUGCGCUUCUCUUUAGAAGGCCUGGUGAUAGUCAACUGGACGCUGUGAUAGCUGUAGCGGCCAUCAUUAUAGGCGAUCUUUUUGGAAUAACUUCAAGUAGGGAUAUCGAAUAUUUCUACUAUUCCAUGUUGAGAUACUUCCCACAUGAACUCCAAGUCUUCCAGUCGUCCACCGUAACAUCUAUCUUCGGUAGGCCGAGACUAGUCAACCCGAAGACAUACACGACGCCCGAAUAUCCACAGCUGAAGCACGCCAUCAAUGCUCUCCGGGCACUAGAAUACUACCUCUGCGGGGUUUCAUAGGCGUGGGAUGGG